UCGGACAUCGUCGAUAAAACGCGGAAAGCGUCGCAAAGGGUCACGUGGUCGGGGGUCAUCGUUGCGGCGAGCGGAGGGGCGGGGCCGGGGGCGGGGCGGGGCGGUUCCGGCGCUCAGCGUGCGUUGUGUGCCGAGCCGCCCGCAGUGCACCAGGGCCCGCGCCGCGGGGGCGGGGGCGGGAGUGCGGCCCGGCAGCGCGCCGGGUUGCCGUUGUGAGCGGGGACCCUGGCUGUCUGUCUAGAAGUGCAGUUUGUUUUAAUAAACCCCCAAAUGCACGUUUUUAUGCGAUUAAAAUGAAACCUGUGUUAGCGGGCGUCACCUGAGCACAGUGCGCGCUAGCAAACGCGCGGGGCGCUCGUGCCCGGGGAGCCGGGGCUGCCCGCAGGCGUUUCCAGCCUUCGGUGUUUCUUUUAACCCCGAGUCCGAGCUGUACGCACUUCAGUGUCGUGUACCCGCGGUGAGAUCCCGGCUCUGCUCAAGCCCCAGACCCGCGUUUUGGGCAAUUAAAAUGAACCGUGUUGGUCAAGCGCGGCGCGGCGCGGCGCGGCUCCCCCCGGGCGCGUCCGGGUCUUGUGUUUCGGACGCAGACCGCGCCGUCCCGAUCCAGAAAAGGAUGAUCCGCUCUUUUGUCAUUUGUUCAGUCGUUUUACCGUUCGUUUGCUUUUAUAUAUUUUUGUGACUGCGAUGGAGUACAGCAUGGCGUUUAAGAAUAUGUUAGUGUUACCAGUGAAAAUUAGCUUUUUAUAUGUUUUUAGAUUUGUUGACUUUUCUAGAAAAUGUCAGGGCAAGUUUAACGAGGGCAAGUCAUUAAAGAAGGGCAACUGCUGCAUUAUUUUGGGCUGUGUAGUCAAGAAUAGCAUGGAUUUGAAUCCCUGGGAAGGUAGAAACUUUGGGCUGGUCGCCUGGCUCAGCCCACACCCGUCGUGCGCUUUACGCCCCGUUGUGGUGUCGCGGUAACGGGGGGCCUGUCGUUAAUCAUCCCGUGCGCUCGUUUGCUGGGUGCAGAAGCUCUCAACGAGGUUCGAAGCUAGAGCAAGGGAGGAGGGGGUGAAAGCUCUCCCAAAAUGCCCCGUGGAAAAGGGCAAGGCGGCCUGCUCACGAGAAGAUCCGUGUCUCGGACGCGGCAGCAACCCGCGUGCCUUGAGUCGCGUGCGAGAGGUCCACCGAUGCCUGUGCGAUGCCACCACGUUUCGGGGCGUCGGGGAGGGGAGUGCAGCCGGCAAACAGCUGUGCUAAGGCUCCUGGCAAGAGUCCACGGCUUCCCAGACCUAAGCAACAAAACUGAACAAAGCGAAGUGCCUUCUGUGGCCCUGGGAAGCGUGGGUGCUGUUUGGGCUCUAGGUGAGCAAGGCACAACAGUUUCCGUAUAAGAAACGUGGCAGGCACAGGGCCAGGGGACUGGUGCACGGCGUACGGACUGCUGGACAUAGAGCCAGGGGACUGGACAAUUUGGGCUGCGAGAGAGGAAACAAAGGGAAGUCGUGUUAGCAGCACCGCGUGCUGGGGGGACGGACGCGCCUGCUGCAGCCCUGCCCGAACAGCGCAGCGCGGGAGCCGGAAACAAGCGUCACGCGCCCAGUGGAGGGCCCGAGGCCCGGGACCCUUGAAGGUCACUGCUGAAACGCUAAGAAGCCACUUUUCAGGUCGCGUUCUGGGGAGGAAACGUAGUAUUGACUAGGGGUUACUAUUAACGUUCACUUGAUACCAACUCAGAUGACUUGCAGCGUCAGUCCUUGGAGGGGUCUCUGGCAAAAAGAAUCCUAUUGGUAACAGCAUGGGGCUAUACCCCCCAGCCCGCCCACGCUGCAGUGUGGGGGCAGUGCCCUGUGCCCCCCCCAGUCUGUUUCAUUUCCUGUCCUGGUGCCAGACUUGGCAGGUACCGGCUGCAGCCCUUGCUGCUCUCGCGGGCCUGCGUCAUGGGUGACCGUGCCUUCCGCGUUCUCCCAGGCUGCGAUGCAAGCAGGCCGGACGACAAGGACGGGCUGCAGGGACGCGCAGGGCAGCACAGCUGCAGUCUGGCCCCUUUGUUUUCCAGGGGGACCUCUGGAGUCCCCUGGGGGGAAAAGCCCUAUUUGGGAUCCCUAAAGCUGGGCUAGGACAGCCUGGGCAACUUAUACCCUCCGGGGAAGAAACGCCUGGUUGCAGUUCAUCCGUGGUGCUUUGCCUUCCUCCAGGACAGAGGAGCUGCAGACUGGAAGCUGAGGUGAUAGGCUGGGCCCAUACGAUACUGAUACGGAGGAAAACCUAAAAGGCCGCAGGAAGUGGCGAGAGGAGACGCUAUGCUGGAGAGCAGCAGAGGCAAGGGCUAAGGGACACUCCUGCCCAUACUUCUUUAUGUUUGUGACUGACGGACUAGAGCCUUCCUGGAAGUUGGCCAGCAAGGCACUGAGUUCAGCUCCUGUCCGUGACGCCUGAGCAGCAGGAGCGCUUAUCCGAACCGGAGGACUGUGGUAGGGUUACUAGUCUGUGAGGCCCCGCUCCAGGCCAGAACUAAAGUAUUUUUGUACUCUUAAAGACAGCCCUGGUUUCCUUCUCUGGGAGAGAAUUCUAUAUUAAUACCAUCGAGUCGUGGCAGGUAAGUACCCGAGUGGGUAGCGUACCCCUGCAGGGGGUUUGUUGUGGUUUUUGUGUGCGCGUUCCAAGCCGAAUCGGCCGAAUCAAUUCCAAAUUUGUGAGUCAGUCAAGAACCGUAUGUGGCCGUACUACCAGCAAACAUCUACUCCCACCCAGGGCUUCAGAUGUCUCCAAAUCAUUUGGCAGGCAUCCUAUGUGCAGGCCCAAGCCCAGAGGCUUGGCUCGGAUGCCCCCAAGUUUCACUUGCCCUCAGCCGUAUAGCUGCAGGAGCAAGCCAGGGAGGAGUCUCCUGUUUCCAUAACGCAGGUGUAAAGCCAAGAUCUUCCCAUAGGAAAUGAAUGUGGGAGGUUAACUAUACAUUACUUCCAUGGGUACUAGCCCAUACUAGAAAAGUGGUUAUCCCCAUAUAUUUUUCCAAAAAACCCAAACACACACACACACACACACACACACACACACACACACACACACACACACACACCCCCCCUUAAACUGCGUUAAGAAACCUGCCCACCCAUUACAAUAAAUGCACCUGCUCCCCCAUGCACCCACCCACCCACUGCCCUCCCUAGCCCAAUCGCAGUUCCUUAGUCCAAGCCCCGAUUUGGGAUUUGCAAUCUCAGUUAAUUGGCCGUCUUUGUUGCUGUCGAUGGCGCUCUCGCUUCCGCUGCUGCUGACCCUGUUGUUUUCCUUCUUGCCGUCUCCAGGUCCAGUUGUGCCGCUGUCCUCUUAACUUUCCCUGGCCACGUCUCCUCCCGGGGGAUCUUUGAACAGCCUGUGCCACAAGUCCCUUUUCCAGGCAGAGUUGGCUGCGUCUUCUGUCCUCUCCCACUGAUUUCCAGUAGCAGGACCAGACUUCCUUCAGACGCAUUUUGACACGGCCUGGUUCCUGAAUCUCCGCGUGUCCGUACACCAGUGGGUUCCUGCGUUGCCACAGGCGCUGACGCGGGAUGCAAACUGGUCGAAAGGAGUUGUCGGGGGCCCCUGUUCUUUCUUCGGGUGUCCAUACAGCACCGCCUCCCUUGUUAUCAGCCUGGCUCCUGUCACUUCCUCCAGCAGCCGGCUUACCUUGUCCCACGCUCCCUUGGCGUAGGGGCAGAGCCACAGGAGGUGGUCGAUGGUUUCCGUUUCAUUUUGGCAAGAUUCCCUGGGGCAGUUGGGUCGAAUCCCUCAUCCCACUCUGUGUCUCACCGGGAGCGCGCUAUUAGCUGACUCCAGCCCCUGUGGUCCUGUUGUGGGUCCUCGUGGAAGAUCCGGUUCCAGACGGCCUGGCAGUUGUCUUUGGGGAGCGUCUCCGUGGUGGAUAGUCUGUCUCUGUCUCCAACUGCCUUCUGUAUCUUCCCGUGGUUGGACACAGUCGCCUUCGUUCUGGAGCCUGUCCUCGCUCCGGGACCCGUUUGGGCCCUGGAGAACCGGGGCUGCUCCGUGGUCCGCGGGCUCCCGCUCUUGGUGCGUGCUCCCCACACCGUCGCAGGAGCAGACCUGCAUCAAUCUUUACCAGACAGGCUGUUUUGCUCAAUGGCCCGAUCACCAGCUCGCAGAUCUGGCUCGUGUAUCGUGGCCAGUUGAGCAUGUGGAUGUCUGGCAUCCCUCAGCCCCAGCCCGUUUCUCUUUUUAUAGGGUCUUCCUUGCCCCCUUCUCCAUUUGGGAUCCCCAAAAGAAACCACACGUGGCUCUCUGGAUUCUGUGGAUGAUACACGGGGGGGGAGGAGACAUGAGUGCAGGGUAGAGGAGCACUGGUAGCAACACCACCUUCAUGAGUGCCACGUGUCCCCCCAUGGAGAGCUGGUGCGCAUGCUGCAGACGCAACCUCUGCUUCACCUUGGCCUCCUUGGCACGCAGCGCUGGUCGAGCUGUAGACAAAGGGACCCAACUGCACCCCCUCCCCCAGGCAUAGAAACCCCCCAGCCGUGGUGAGCGAGGUCAGGCUGAGACGCUGGUCAGUGCUGCACUAAAACCCAGGGAGACAUUCGCUGGGGCAGAUGCAGCACCAGGACCUCUGGCAGCGCUCGCAGCCCUCACCCAGGCUGGAUUCUGGCAGGGUGGCGGCACUGCCUCUCGGGCACAGCCUGGGGCUGAGUGGAGGGCCAGGACGGCCCUACUGACCGCUCCACCCCCAGAGACACACCUGACUGCCAGGAGCGCAACCAGGGCACACACCGAGGGACCCGGAGCCCCUGCCUGUCGCCAGCCGCCUUCAGCCUGCUUGCCCCAGGGCGCGCUCCGGCUGCCCGCUGCUCGGCAGGGGCUGGCAAGGAUCCUGGCUGCUCUGGGAUGCUCUGGCUGCCGGAGCCCGUGCCCCCUCCCUCCCUCCCCCCCAGUCUGCCCCUCCGCUCCCGUCUGUGAGGUCACGGCCCGGUUCCGUGACGCCGCGGCAGAGAGCCUCGCCAGCGGAGCCGGGCGCCAGGCGGGAGCCAUGGACCCGCCGCAGGUAACAGCUGUCGCUAGGCCCCCGCAAUGCAGCUGCAGCGUCUCGUGCACUGCUCCCCGGGUGCUGCAGCCUGGCACACGUGCGCCGAGCCCCCAGCCCCGCUGCUCCCCACACCUCGCUCUCAGCUGCCUGGACCCAGUGCCAGGAUGGGCCCCAGCAGCCUCCCUGCCACGCAUGUGCCACGCACGUGCCACGGCGGGGGGGCAGCGUGGUCGGCGCGUCUCUGCUCGGUCCGGCUGCAGCCCAGACACGCUGUUGUUGCAGAGCCCAGAGGACGCCCCCAAAGACAAGGGCCCUGCCUCCUUCACGCUGCUGCCCCGCGCAGAUGCCAUUCGCUCCAAGCUGAUCUACACCUUCUACCUCGUGGACCACCUGCAGGGCCUGUGCCAGGCUGUCCCCCGACACAACAUCCGGGACUUCCUGGACCACAAGAAGAGGAAGAAGCUGAUGCUCGCAGACCAUCACCAGCUCAUCCGCUUCAACAUCGCCCUAGUCAGGAACAGUGGUGUCCCACGGGGCCAGCGCCUGUGCAGCCGGCUCCACGUGCGCUGCAGCCGCUGGCCCCCCCUCGCCAUGUGGGCCUCCUGGCUGCUGAGCGGCACCAUCUUCAAGUCCUUCAUCAUCAUCCUCAUCUUCCUCAACACGGUCAUCCUGAUGAUCAAGAGUGAGAUGAUGAACUGGACGGGGGAGAGCAUCCGCAACCUCAUGCUGAGCCUGGAGGUGCUCACCUGGUUCAUCAUCGCCAUCUUCAUCCUGGAGAUCGGGCUCAGCUGGGUCGUCGACUUCAGGGGCUACUGGCACAACAUCUGGAACAUCUUCGACUUCAGCAUCACGGUGCUGUCGCUGGUGCCCGAGUUCCUGUACCUGCUGCCCGUGGCCGACUGGGAGGUGCGCCGGAGGCUGCUGCGCAUCGGCCGCGUCUCCCUCUCCCUGAAGCUCUUCUCCAGGUUCCGGCAGGUGCGGCUCAUCGUCCUGGCCAUCAUGAAGGCCCUGAAGGCCAUGACCUUCAUCCUGCUGCUCCUGUUGAUUUUCUUCUACGUGUUCACUGUGUCCGGCAUCUUUUUCUUCGAGAGCUACAGCCGCUCGGACCGCACCGACCUGGAGUACGGCUGGUACUUCCGGGACCUGCCCAACUCGCUGGUGACCGUGUUCAUCCUCUUCACCAUGGACCACUGGUACAGCCUACUCCAGGACACUUGGAAGAUCCCCGAGAUCAACAAGGUCAUCAGCAGCCUCUACAUCAUCCUCUGGCUACUCAUUGGCUCCUUCAUCUUCAGGAACAUCUUUGUGGCCAUCAUGGUGACUAACUUCAAGAACAUCCGGAGCGACCUGAUCGAAGAGGUGAAGCAGAUCGAGACGCAGAAGAGAGCCGACCUGUUCAAGAUGCAGAUCAGGGAGAAGCGGCAGAGCCAGUCGCACGUCCUGGGGGGCAGCCUGGAGAGCUCGUCCAGCACCCGCAGGCUCCACUUCUCAUGCUUGGAGCCCGAGAAGGAGCUGGCCUCCGAGCUCAGCCCUCCGACCUCAUCGUCCGACCAGAGGAGCUCCAAGGACCUGGACUGGGAGACGUACGUGCACCAGAACCUGGAGAGCCUGCGGGAGGGCGGCGAGGGCGAGCAGGUGAUGUGGCCCCGGGACUCCCUCUUCCGCUACUUCGAGCUGCUGGAGCAGCUGCAGUACAACCUGGAGGAGCGCCGGCGGCUGCAGGAAUAUGCAGUCCGGGCACUGACCAACAUGCAGGACAAGUAGCCGCCGAGGGCCCGUUCCACAGAGACGCCUGCCCCAGGACUCGCCAAGUUGUCUGCAGGCCGGGCUGGCUUCCCUGCCCUGCUCAUGCAGCAGCCACUGGGCCCCCCCUGCUCCCCUGUUGCUGAUUAAAGCUAGGAGAUAG